UCAAUACCGCCACCUGGUAUUUAGUAAGGGCAGGUAUUCAUCGUCUAGCGUCAUAAUCCACCACCGGGCCAUCUUAAGAAUUCUUACCCAUCUUCGACACACUCAAAGUCACCACAAGAACCUCAUCUUUCUGUCGGCCUACAUAUCAACACCUACCCAAUCAACUUUUUAUCCAACAACUCCUGGUCUUGAUUAAGUUCAAUAGACCCAUCAGCCUCUGCACUUGACGUACGGUAGACCGCAAACCGAACGAAGAAACCUCCCACAUUCAACCUUUUCGACAAGACCAACCCCACAUCAUCACAAUGGCCGACGACUGGGAUACCGUUACCAAGAUCGGAAGCAGGGUCGGCGGCGGUGGUGGCGGCGGCCCUCGCUUGACCACCAUCAAGAACAAGAGCCAGCUCAAUGCUGCUCAGCGCUCAGGUGGCAUCGUUGGAACGGAGAAGAAAUACGGCACUGCCAACUCUAGCAGAGCGGAGGCCGGCUCCGGACAGUUCCUUACCAAGGUUGACCGCUCUGACGACAUCGUCAAGCCGAAGACUGGUGACAAGGAGUUGGGCAAAUACAUAAUGCAGCAGCGUGAAGCGAAAAAGUUGGGGAACCGUGCCGAUUUUGGCAAGAAGAUUGGUAUAAACAAAGAUGACCUCUCAAGGAUUGAGAACGGCGAGGUCCCAAUCACACAGGAUCAGGUCAACCGGAUUGAGAGGGGCUUGGAGAUGUACAUCAGGGGUGUCAAGAAGGGUGAGCCCAAGGUUAAGACUUUCAAGAGGGCAGGUGAUAAGAAGUAGACGCUAGACAUGAGAGGAAUUCAUAUUAGAGAUUUAGCCAUGUCAAUUUGAAGAUUGGCCGGGCCUUUGUCUUUUGUUGGCCUAUCAUUGAAACCAAUCCGAGAUAUGCUAUACAUGUACUUUGUGAUUAAUUAGACUAGGCCUGGCUUAUCUUGCUAUGCGUCGUUACGGACCCCCUUAAAAUGUUUCUCUAUGGGUUCUGGACGCUGCC